AUGGCGACCUCGUUCAGCUCGCGCUUCCGUCGAGGCGGCGGCGGUGGCGCUUCCAAGACCAAAGCGGGUGGCGAUGAGCGCGUGGGUGAGAUGCUGAGCGACAGCUCGGAGGACGGCUCCCCUCUGGGCGGCGACGUGCGUCGAAACGCAGCGAAGAAGGCGUCCAGUCGCUCGAACGACAGUUCGCUGCGGUCCUCGAGCUCUUCGGAGGGGGGCGGCGCCCGCAGCGAAGGCGACAAGAAUGAAGAGCAGCCACCGAAGAAACAGAGGGAGGAGACCAAGAAGAAGACGUUCGGGUCGCUGCCCCGCAGUCAGAGCAGUCGCACGGCGUCGUCGACCAAGAAAAGCGCGGGAAGGAAAUGGUACAGCGACUCGGACGAAGAAGAAGGUAAUGCUCCUAAGAAGACGAAGGCGGUGAAGAAGGAGACUUUGAAGGAGAAGAGCGACGGGGAGGAAGAGGACUCGGACCUGGACGCGUACAUUGCCGGCUCGAUGAUGGACCCGCCGGGCAAGAAGGACGAGGAUAAGCCUCAAGCCUCGCGUGAUGCGGCGAAGAAGAAGACGAAUGUACUGAAACUUAUGACGAAAACGCGAACGAUGUCCCCCUUCGGUGGUAAAGGGAAGGGUCCUGGUGCUGGAACUGAUGCGGAGACCCCAGAGUCCCCUGCUGCCAACACCCCUACUGCACGUAAAGCUGCGCGAAGCACACCAUCAGCUUCGGAGCACUCAGCGUCAGACCCUCCAGCCGACAGAAACGCAAAGCCUGGUCGACCCAGCGAAGUGCAGACCGGAGGCGCUGGGAAUGCUCCCACCAUUAUUGUAAACCGCCGCACAGACCGACUGAAGCAUUCCGCCAGCGGCUCCGAGUACGGAGGAUCCCCCAGGCUUGCGAUAAGCAACAACGACGAAGUGCUGAGUCCCGGGCUGCGUAAGGUGCCGGGGGCGUUCCCCGGGAGACCUGGGAGCGGUGUACUGCUGGAAGGUUGGCUGCGUCAGAAGCAGCGGCGCGGAAUCAAGGGGCUCAAGAAGUGGAACUCACGCUACUUUGUCCUCUACGCGCGGUCCAACGAGGUGCGCUACUACGCGGACGUGGUCCAAUCUGCCUGGGGGCCGAUUCCGCUGGGCGAGAUCGGGUCAAUCUCGUUACGGCUUAUCCAGCGCAUCGGCAAGCUAAGCCACCCCAAGUACAAAGGCUGUCGAUUCGACAUCACGUGCCGCAAUAGCUGGGGCACCCACUAUGCCGAUGACUACGUAUCCUCCGACGAAGAGAACGCGAGCAGCAACAACAACGUCAGCACCAACUCGAACAACGAGAAGGCUACUGCGUCUACACAGGCAAAGCAGCAGCAGGAAAAGAACGGCACUCCACGGUCUUCUCGUGUUUAUAGCUUGGUGGCGGACUCACCGCAGGUUACGGUGGCGUGGGUGAACAUGCUGGACUCGCUGCUAACUCGCAGUGCAAACAGUCCACGACCCGAUGUGGACUCGACAGCGGACAAUACUGGCGCAACAUCGGCCACAAAUGCAAGUGGCAGAGCCAAGAAGCCUAGAGCCGUGGCGCGACAGCGAUCAAGCGCGUUAGAUACCGAGUCUUCUGUGCUGUUGGGUCCCGGAGAAAAUGUUCCGAAGGCUGUCAUCUACGCCAUCAACUUCAUCUUCGACUCGACGCCAGGUAUUGAGACCGAAAAGUUCUACGAAAGCGAGCCCGACGCCACAAAACUAAAGGCUGCGUUGAAAUUCUUGAAUGAAUUUGCUGGCGAGUCCGUGACGCGCAAGCCCACGAAGGAUGAGCUGGAGGAACUGCUAGAUGCUAUCACCGCCGGUGCUGUGGUACGGCUUUGGCUGAAGCAACUCGAGCAGCCCCUGAUCCCUUUCACAAUGUACGAGGACUUCGUCGCCCUAGCACGCGAGGCACAGACUGCACCUUUCGACCUACGCCGGAAUCUGCGCGCACUGCUCGAAGCUCUGCCCAAGAAAAACCUUACAAUGCUGGCGUGUCUGCUCUUCCAUUUAAACGACGUCAACGUGUACUCGUCCAAGAACGGGAUGGACGCGGCCAGACUCGCCCACCACUUCUCCGAGUUCAUUCUCCGGCCCCAGAAGAGGUCACCUCUAUCCGACAGCUCGAAAGGGGACACAGCUGCUGUGUGCCGACUCGUGGAAGAGAUGAUCACCAACGUGGACACGUUCAUUGACGAGAAAGAGGCCCAGGUCCUCGAAGACAACCGACUGUAA